GUCAGCUGCACGGUGAAUUGUUGAUUAGUAUACUUACUCAGACAGGCGGAGGCAGCCUGGUGUGUUUUCUCACAACAACGUUGUUCUUUGGCUAGGGGCGCGCCCAAGACAUUGCAAUUUAUUUUGUAUACAUAUCGUAGCAAAAGGCAAGCAAAAUGUCAAACGCCCUGCGUGGUCUUGCACGCCGCGUGGGAGCUCAAUACCUCCGCAACCAGCGCGUCCGCGGUGGUGGUGGCGAGUACCCUGGUGGUAGCUUCUGGUCGGAGGGCACGCAGACCGGCAAGAACGGCUUCCUCUUUGGCGAGGUGCCCAUCAAUGGGCAACCCCGGAAGACGCUGUGGUGGGAGCCCUACUGGUAUGCUGGUUUCGGCGGCAUGGGCGUUGGUGUCUACCUGAUUUACCACGCCAAGCCGCUGGAGGCCCUGGACAUCAAAUACUGGGCUGCCCCGCGCGCGGCCAAGGAGCUAGAGACGGAGAUGCGCAUGCUAGACAAGCUGAACGAGCGGCCGGACCUGAAGGAGCGGCUCGUGGCGGUCUGCAAGGACCUGAACAUGAUUGAGGACGAGGCGUAUGACCUCGUGCUCAUGCGCAACGAGUACAAGGUCAAGCUGGGCAUGCACACGGGGCGGGUGCCGGAGGACCUGAAGGCCAUCUAUGAGGAGCUGGAGGCGUAAGGGCGCUAGCGGCUUGCUUGCGGGGGCGCCGGGCGGGGGAGGGAGGAGGGGGCGCCGCGGCGGGCCGUGUCCGUGACACGGACACGGCGGCCGGCGCUACCAGGCCGCGCCCCCAGUCCAGCACCCAGCUCGGGUGCGAGCGUGCAUGUGUGGCUCGCUCCACGGGACGAGCUACCGUCUUGGAGGGUGUAGGAUUGGAGGGGGCCUGCAUGGACUGCUGGACGUCGAGGCGCGAGGCAGUAGGUGCCGGCGUGAGGCGAAGUGAUGGGCACUGUGGCACGGUGGCACCGCGGGAGGUGUGUUGUCCUUGAGGGGGACAGCAGCACGCGCAGGGCAUAUGUUCGUGCUGCUCCAUGAUGCAGCUAGGGCGCGUGUGCUGCACGCGGGGCUUGAGCUUAUGAAUCUAGAAAGCUGAUGUUGUGCUAGCGUGUGUGGACGUGUGGACAGGCUUAUAGCAGUCACAGGAACCGUAACGAGGCUGGCAAGAGGCGCGUUACAAACGCGCGACAGGGCGAGCAAACCGUCGCAUGAUGCGGCCGUUAGGCUGGUUGGGCUUGCAGGUGUGUAGCUGGUUGACUAAGCAUCGUGCCGUGCGCACGCAGUAGCACUAGCGAGUGCGGAUGCAGGCGACCGCCGCAAUAACCGGCGUCGGUGCAGGCGGUUUGAUUGGGUGCAUGCAUCCGCUGUAAUAUGAAUGGGCAAUUGCUGGACGGCGACUGGUGCAGCGUGGGGAAAAUACGGGCGUUGAGGCGGGUCUGCAACAGCACAGCGGGGGCGCGGCCGUACGGGACAGCGGGUGAGCGGAUGCACACCACAGUGUUACUAGGUGGGCACGCUACGCCUGGCAGCCACGACGGUGCGAAACCUCUGCGGAUGUAUGUCGCCCCGCAGACUCUAGAGUUUCUGGCAGCGACAGUGUGUCCCGGGCUCGUGGAUCGUGUGAUUACUGUACACGUGUUUCGCUGUCAUCGGUGCUUUUGCCCCGCACUUUGCCAACCAGUUCCCGCAGCCUGCCGAUGGGGGGUGGCUGGUGGCGCCUGUGGGCCAGGCGGAGCGGAUGUAUACCACGUAAAAUU